AUGUCACCAUCACUGGAAGAAGAACUUGCCACUAUUACACAUGAAAUUCCCAAUGCAAUGGAAUCCACAAAACAAAUACAUCCUCAAUCUCCAAACACAACUUCUACCUCCAAAAGGCAUGAAGAAUAUCAAUAUCUCGACUUAAUUCGUGAGAUUCUAGAAACCGGUGAACUCCGUCCGGAUCGAACAGGAACCGGCACCAUCUCACUCUUCGCCCCCGCCCCUCUAAAAUUCUCCCUCACAUCCCCAACUGGAAUCCCAAUCCUCCCACUCCUCACAACAAAACGGGUCUUUCUCCGCGCCGUCCUAACCGAACUUCUCUGGUUCAUCUCCGGUUCCACCUCCUCUCUUCCCCUUUCAACCGCCGGCAUAAAAAUCUGGGAUGGAAAUGGAUCCAGAGCCUAUCUAGAUUCUAUCGGUCUUUCGCAUCGGGUUGAAGGAGAUUUAGGCCCUGUAUAUGGAUUUCAAUGGCGACAUUUUGGCGCUAAAUAUAUUGAUGUCGAAACGGAUUAUACAGGACAGGGUGUUGAUCAAUUAGCGGAAAUCGUCUGGAAAUUGAAGAAUAAUCCGUGGGAUAGGAGGAUUAUUUUGAGUGCAUGGAAUGUUGCAGAUAUCAAAUUGAUGGCAUUACCGCCUUGUCAUAUGUUUGCACAAUUCUAUGUAUCUUUCCCUAAACCUGCACAAACCACCACAUCCUCAACCUCCGAACCAUCAAGUACAAACCCCGAUAUUCCAGAAUCCAAACCCAAAGGAAUCCUCCACUGCCAGCUCUACCAACGUUCUUGCGACAUGGGACUCGGUGUUCCCUUCAACAUCGCCUCAUACGCCCUCUUAACCCAUAUUCUCGCUCACGCAUGCGAUCUCACGCCCGGUACAUUCACGCAUACAAUGGGAGAUGCGCAUGUCUAUGUUGAUCAUGUCGAUGCGUUGAAUAUCCAACUUGAGCGCGAUCCUAGGGCAUUUCCGGAAUUGGGGAUACUAAGGGAGGAUAGGGGGAGUGGGGUUGUGGAUGGGUGGAAGGGGGAGGAGUUUGAGGUCAGGGGGUACAAGCCGCAUGGGAAGAUUGAUAUGAAGAUGAGUGUUUAG